CCGCCUCUCCUUUGCACCUGCCACCUGUCCGUCAGGUGAUUUUACUGACCGAUGGGCUAAUUGAGGGGCAGCUGCGCAGCGGCGGGCAUUCUUCGUUGGCUCGUAGCGGGAAACUUGCCCUAAGCUUGGGAUUUUGACUUUGACUCUUCGCACGGACAGACAAGAUGAAGCCUCUGGUUUCCUAUUUUCUGGCAGUUUCUUUUCUUUUAAUUAUCUUACAAGAGAGUGUCCGAAUGGAAGAAUGCAUCUUUAGAAAACUGGACAGGGAGGACAAAACAUUUUGUAGAGGGAAUCUAGAAAUUUUCUAUCCAGAACUGGGAGAUGUUGGCUGUACAUAUAUUCCAAAGUGCAAUGCCUAUCGUAAACGGAUCAGCAAGGAAUGGAUCAGCCCUGAAGUUAGAUAUCAGCAGGCAGAUAUGAAUAAGAAUUAUGUUCUCAUCAUGGUUGAUCCAGAUGCUCCUAGCAGAUCUAAUCCAAAGUAUCGCUUCUGGAGACAUUGGGCUGUGACUGACAUCAGUGGUGCUGAUUUGAAGACGGGGAACCUGCAAGGUCAUGUAUUAGCAGACUACCUCCAGCCCACACCACCCCCUGAAAGUGGUUACCACCGCUACCAGUUCCUCCUCUAUGAACAACCAACUCGUGAAGUGGUAUCCUUGAAUCCAGAUGAAAUUGCAUCUUCCGGUUCCUGGAACAUAAACAACUUUGUGGAUCGGUUUCAGCUUGGAACACCUGUGGCUUCAACCCAGUUUAUCACUAAGGAUUACCAUGACUAGCAAUAGAAGCACCGGGAGUAAAAGCACCAUUGCUCUCAAUGAUUUAGCUUGCUUUCUUCCCUAUGGAGCAGACGAGCGCUCCAAAUCUUUCUCUUCAUUCAGCAAGCAUGGGUUGUAUUUUUGCAUGACCAACUGGCUUUAUAGAGCUGGCUAUGAUAUUUAUUUUAGGAUUCAUUAUACUUUUUGACUGGCAUUAACACAAUAGCAUAGUCAUCCCCAGCAUUCUACCAUACAUAUCACAGAAAAUGUAGUGCAUUCCCUGCAGAGCUUGUAUGGCCUUAAAAUUAAAUAUGUAUUCUAAAUUUCUCUCAUAUUGGCUCGGAAGCAAAGUGACAAUAUAGCCACCAAUCUAUAUUCUCCCCAAGGACUUUUUAACUAUUGAAAGAUCCGUAGCCUACUCAUGACCAACAACUACAACCAGCCUUUUGUUUUAGAUAUUUAAUUGACAUCAAAUAGUCUUUUGUGGCCCUUCCAUUCAUGAUUUCCCUUCCCAGGCUACAUAUUCUUUGCAAGUACGCAUCCAUGUUUCACCCUUGAACUAAUAUCUGCCAUUUAUUGCAGCAUUCAAUUAAAAAUAGCACUUCACUCUUC